UUGGAGGGUUAGUUUGUUCUCCUUGUAAACGGCUCGGGACUCCCCAGUAGACAGACAGGACUCACCAUGGCACCACUGGGACUAAAAGCAAUCGCUGGAGAAAAGAUAAUGAACAAUGUCAUCAAGAAGGCAAGAGAAAAAGGAAAGUGGAAGGUGCUGGUGGUGGAUAAGCUGAGUAUGAGAAUGGUUUCAUCGUGCUGUAAAAUGACAGAUAUAAUGUCGGAGGGUAUUACCAUUGUAGAAGACAUAACCAAGAAGCGUGAACCUCUACCCAGCAUGGAAGCCAUCUACCUGAUCACGCCCUCGGACGAGUCUGUCGAGGGUCUGAUUGACGACUUCAGGGACCCGAAGGCUCCACGGUACCGAGCAGCGCACGUCUUCUUCACUGACACAAUCCCAGAGUCUUUGUUUGGACUGUUGACCAAAUCCCGCGCCUCCAAAGCCAUGAAGGCGUUGACUGAGAUCCACAUCGCCUUCCUGCCCUAUGAAUCUCAGGUCUUCUCCCUGGACAAAAUGGAUGCCUUUCAGGAUUUCUACAGCCCUUUCAAGGCUGAUGUGAAGAACAACAUGUUGGAGCGUUGUGCUGAACAGAUUGCCACCCUGUGUGCCACACUCAAGGAGUAUCCUGGUAUUCGAUACAGAGGGGAGUACAAAGACUGUGCAGUGCUUGCUCAAAUGCUCCAGGAGAAACUGGAUGGCUACAAGGCUGAUGACCCCACCCUGGGAGAGGGUCCAGAUAAGUCUCGCACUCAGUUAAUCAUUUUGGAUCGUGGCUUUGACCCUGUGUCCCCCAUCCUCCAUGAGCUCACCCUGCAGGCCAUGUCCUACGACCUGCUGGGCAUCCAGAACGAUGUCUAUGGUUUUGAGACCAGUGGGAUGGGAGAGACGAGACUGAAAGAAGUGGUACUGGAUGAGGAUGAUGACCUGUGGCUUACCCUGCGACACAAACACAUUGCCGAAGUAUCAACGGCUGUAACUCGUUCAUUGAAAGAAUUCUCUGCCAGCAAAAAGAUGAAUACUGGAGAAAAGACCACCAUGAAGGAACUGUCCCAAAUGCUCAAGAAGAUGCCCCAAUAUCAGAAAGAGCUUAGCAAGUAUUCAACCCAUCUCCACUUGGCUGAAGACUGUAUGAACCGCUAUCAAGGAACGGUUGACAAACUCUGCCGUGUAGAACAGGAUCUGGCAUUGGGCACAGAUGCAGAGGGUGAGAAAAUCAAGGAUCCCAUGAGACUGAUUGUACCUGUUUUACUGGACACCAAUGUCACCGUCUUUGACAAGAUCCGCAUCAUCCUGCUUUACAUCUUCCUCAAGAAUGGUGUGACAGAGGAAAACCUGUGUAAGCUCCUUCAGCAUGCCAAUGUCCCACCAGAAGACAGUGACAUAAUUUCCAACAUGGCCCACAUGGGCAUUCCCAUCAUCUCUGAGGGCACCACCACCACCACCAAGAAAGCCAAGAAGCUUGAUCGCAAAGAACGGAUCAGUGAGCACACCUACCAGCUGUCCAGGUGGACUCCUCUCAUCAAAGAUCUUAUUGAGGAUGCAAUUGAGGACAAACUGGAUCCUAAGCAGUAUCCAUAUAUUUCCCAGCGACAAGCAUCUACCAAAGCCAGUGCACCAUCAAGUGCCCGGUAUGGCAACUGGCACAAGAAUAGGGGCCCCACAGAGAUAAAGACGGGACCAAGAAUCAUCAUCUUUAUUAUCGGAGGCAUGGCAUACAGUGAGAUGCGCUGUGUGUAUGAGGUUACACAGGCUAAUGGCAAGUGGGAAGCUUUGAUUGGGUCCAGCCACAUCCUCACACCCACUAAAUACCUAAAGGAACUGCAGCACGCAGACUUCUUGAGCCCCGACGCUCCACCAGAGGGCGAUGAAGAACCACCUGCAGAAUGAAAAGACAUCUGGAAGAUCGACUGAAAUCUUUACCCCUUCAUGCCUUCUAAAAGCCCUAAAAGAGUUGCAGACCCCUUAACAUAAUUCUGUAAUGUUUCCUUCUUAAUCUUCCAAACCCCCAGGAACUACCGAGCAAAUAUUUACCUAGUGUUGUCCUAUUUACCUGGUGUCAACUUAAGCUGUGUUUUUAGUAACCAUUAGGUUUGUUGGAUGUGUUAAUGAUGACUUAAGUGUUAUGUAAAAAAAAAAAGUGUUAUUAAUGAUCUAUUUAUAAAAAUGUAUAUGUAUUAGUUUAGAUGACUGGAAGGCAAAAUAGUCUUUUUCAUUUAGCUUUUAUUGUGAAAUCUCACCUUCUGAAGCUUUUACUUUGUUAGAGCACAGCAGUUUAACUUUAUUAAUAUCCAUGUAGUAACAAUCAUGCUUUACUGUACAAAUAUUACAUUUACGAUCAUGUGUCUGACAAUCCAAAUGCUAACAUUAAUGUUACAAAUGCAAGUGUUUGGACUAUCUUGUGCAUGGUCUCAGUACUCAGUGUUGCUUGCAGUUUUUUUAUGAUCUGUUGGAGUUAGGUUUCCUUUAGUGUCAUUGUAUUUGAGGAUGAUGCUGUUCUUGCAUAUUGUUGUAUAGUGAUACUUUUAUUUAUCAAAUCAACUUUUAUGUAAGCUUGACCAUUAACAAUCUGCAAGAUAUGUUCAGUUUAGAAAAUGACUCCCUUUCCACUUUGCCAAUGUAAUGGUAGUAGUUUAAAGUAAGUAGAAUAAUAAAGCACUUCUAUCGUGUUGCA